UAGCAAACCCUAAGCGUAAUCAAAAGCGUCUUCUCGAACGGUGGCUUUGAAGUUUUCAUUCAGUUUAAAAAUCCCUCUCUUCGAGCCCUAAUGCUUGAAAUUUUAUAUCGUUUUUGUCGAUCUGUGGUAUAUGACGAAGAAAAGCGUACAAUUCGGGUCGAUGAUGGAGGUUUCAAAGGAGAAUUCGAAGGAUGCUUUCAUGGAAAUAGAUGUCGGGAAUUCUGUGGAGUCCUUUCAGAAGUUUUUAGAAUCUCAGAAAGAGCUCUUUCACAGCCAGGUCGAUCAGCUUCAAAAGAUUGUUGUAACGCAAUGCAAACUCACUGGUGUAAAUCCUUUGGCUCAAGAAAUGGCGGCUGGUGCACUGUCAAUUAAAAUUGGGAAAAGACCAAGAGAUUUGCUAAACCCUAAGGCUGUAAAGUAUAUGCAAGCAGUCUUUUCUAUUAAAGAUACGAUUAGCAAGAAGGAAUCUCGUGAGAUCAGCGCUCUUUGUGGUGUUACUGUUACACAGGUUCGAGAAUUCUUUGCUGGUCAGCGUUCAAGAGUGAGAAAGCUUGUCCGAUUGUCAAAGGAAAAGGUGGUUAAGUCUAAGGCAUCCCAGGAUGGCUGCUUAACUGGCUCUGAUCCGGCCAUGCCUAUUGACCAAGUUCCUUUGAAUUCUGUGGACUCUAAGACAGUUGAAGGAAUCCCCUCCUGCAAUGUGCAGGAGGAAGCUCUACCUGACAUAGACAACUCUGAUAAAAAUUUCCUUGAGAAUAUUUUCAAUUUGAUGAGGAAAGAGGAAACAUUCUCCGGGCAGGUGAAGCUGAUGGAGUGGAUCCUGCAGAUACAAAAUUCUUCAGUUUUAUAUUGGUUUUUAACUAAAGAUGGUCUGACAAUUUUAACAACAUGGUUGAGCCAAGCAGCUUUGGAGGAACAGACAACUGUUCUCGUUGUCAUAUUUAAGGUUCUUUGUCACCUGCCAUUACAUAAAGCUUUGCCUAUUCACAUGUCUGCCAUUUUGCAAACUGUUAACAGAUUGCGCUUUUAUAGGUCAUCAGACAUAUCAAACAGGGCAAAAGUUCUGUUAACAAGGUGGAGCAAAAUAUUUGUGAGAAGUCAAGUUUUGAAGAGACCCACUUGUAUGAAAUCCCCCAAUGCUGCACAGAAGGAGAUAAUUCAGAAGCAGAGGAUGGGUGAAAUUCUCAGUGAUGAGGCUUGGCAGUCAAAAGUUGAUAUUCCUGAGGAGAUCCUUGCUCUCACUUUGGAUGGUUCAGAAAAUUCUAGGAAAUUGGAUCCUUCCCGGACACUGAAACUGCUCCCUGCAUCUGCUGAUGAUUCAAACAGAAGAUACAAUCGAAGUGUGCCUUCACAAACGAAAGAACGCAGAAAAGUUGUAUUAGUCGAACAGCCAGGACAGAAAACAAGCAGCAGAAGCCUGCAGGUUGCGAGGGCAGUGUCUGUCAACCAAAGUCGUCCAAUGUCAGCCGAUGAUAUACAGAAAGCCAAAAGGCGUGCUCUAUUCAUGCAGAGCAAGUAUGGCGAGAUUGGUUCAUCUUCUAAUGAUGGCCAGAGACAGAAGAGCGAAGAUUCAAUGAAACCAUAUGCUUCUCAGAGAGGCAAUUUGCUUUCAGCGUCUAAAACACCUCAUCAUAGACCAAAAAUUGAGGAAGAUACUAAUUCUGCUGCGCUUGCCUCAACAACUUCUUCCAGCAAAUUAGAAGAUCCAAUUAAAUCAAAGGAAAGCUUGAAUCACCAGAAAUUCUCGCAGGAGAAGUUUAGGAGGGACCAAAUCUCGUGGAAGAUACCUCCAGAGAUGAGGAUCAGCAGUCUCUGGAGAAUUGGCACCGGAGAGAAGAGCAAAGAAGUUGAAGUUCAGUUUGAGAGGAUAAGACGGGACAAGGAAACCUUUUACCAUAGUAAUCUGGAAAUUCCACCUAAUCCCAAGGAACCAUGGGACUUAGAGAUUGACUAUGAUGACACCUUGACCCCGGAAAUCCCGACUGAACAGUCAUCAGAUGUCAAUGUUACAGAAUCAUUGGCUUCUCCUACUUAUAACGGAAAAUCCGUGGAGACUACUGCAGCUGCUGUAGCUGCAACCAGUAAGGAAUGUCGCCCCCCUCCGGCUGCUGCAACCAGUAAUGGUUGUGCACCUGAACCGGAUCUUGAGUUGCUUGCUGUGCUACUGAAGAAUCCACAACUGGUUUUUGCCUUGACUGGUGGCCAAGGUGGUAACUUAACCAGUGCAGAGACAGUGAGGCUUCUCGAUAUGAUCAAGGCUAGUGAUAUUGGUUUACCUGGGAUUUUAAGUGGGAUGGGUGGAAAGGCUGAAGAGAAGGUGGAAGUGACAUCUCUUCCAUCACCAACUCCUGGAUCAGAUCACAUCAUGAGUGGAUGGAGAUCUGAAGCUAGUAGUGAUCGUUUCUCACAGGCUAAUUCAGCAGCUUACAGUGACGUGCCUGUGACUUCCACCAUCCCUUCCUUGGGAAAGCUCCCUCAUACUGGUUCCAUGCAGACCCAAAUUCCAAGCACUUCCUUUUCGUCACUGCAAAUACCAACAAUGGCUAGUCCAGUGCCCCAACAACUUCAAGCAGCAAUGCAGCUACUCUCAUCUCAACAGGUUACUGGUUCUGUGUUUCCUGAGAAACAACUAUUCUCAAUAACUCCCUCUUUAUCUCUAAGCCAACAAUCUCCCACCAUUCCUCCUCUCUUACAAAGGCCUCCUAUGAAGCAGUUCACACUGAAUACUGAUUCAAUAGAGUUUGGGCAAAUGCAGAAUGUGAAGCCUGCAACUGUUUCAAUUGUUUUGAACCCACCAAAGGAGAGGCAUUCUUUGCCAGCUUUGUUGCUGAAUCCGCCAAGACCAAACCCGCCUCUGUUACCAAAUCCUCGACCCUUUCAGCCACCACACACCAGAUGGCCUCCCAAUGCAAAUCCAGCUGCUUCUGGGAGGCAUUCUUCCAUGGCUGCUUCUGGGAAUGUUGGGCAGUUUUCUGCAACAAGUCGCCAUUUCCAAGCUAACCAUGACAAUUAUAAUGCAUUUUCACAAGGGCUUAUUCCUCCCAACUCAUAUCACCCUCGCAGCAAUGGGUAUGUGGGUGAGCCAGAGCUAGAGAUGUGGAGUCCAGAGAGGAGUCCAGUGAGGUCCCCAUCGUAUCAAUCUGGGUGGAGCUUUCACGAACCCAGAAAUGCUUAUGGCUGGAAUUCUAGACCUGAUCGGUCAAGGCAACGGAAUUCUGGGUACCAGGAACGAAAUAGACAUGGGAGAAUGAGACGAGAACGAAGGCACUGA